AUGAUCGCAACUGGUGUUUGUGGUGUCGCGCUGGUGCUGGUGUUGGUGGUUCUGAUCCCGGUCAUGGUGAACACCGCCGGUACCUCUGCCCGCUACGAGAUGCUCGGGUCCUGCCAAAUGGUGUGCGACUCCCACGGGACCGCGGCCACGGCCACGGCCAAGGCAACCAACCCAAUCAAAGACAACCGUCUGGUGCAGUCCCUUCCGACUUUCAUCCAAGGUCCUCAAGGAGAGCCGGGACGCGUCGGGAGGAUGGGUCCGAGGGGUCCGGUUGGCGAGCCCGGGCCAUCUGGACCUGCUGGUCCGCCCGGAGAGAGAGGGGCACCGGGUCCACCGGGUCCACCCGGAGCACCUGGAGCAAAUGGGCCUAACGGUGCCAUCAGCGCUGCCACUUACAACACAAUCCCAAAGAUUGCGUUUUAUGCAGGACUGAAGAAGCAGCAUGAGGGAUACGAAGUGUUGAAAUUCGACGACGUAGUCACAAAUCUGGGCAACCACUAUGACCCUUCUUCAGGGAAAUUCACCUGCUCAAUACCGGGGAUUUACUUCUUUGUUUACCAUGUGCUGAUGCGAGGCGGAGAUGGAACAAGCAUGUGGGCUGACCUCUGUAAAAACAACCAGGUGAGAGCCAGUGCCAUCGCCCAAGACGCCGACCAGAACUACGACUACGCCAGCAACAGCGUUGUCCUGCACCUCGAGCCCGGGGACGAGAUUUACAUCAAGCUGGACGGCGGAAAGGCGCACGGGGGCAACAACAACAAGUACAGCACCUUCUCCGGCUUCAUGUUGUAUGCUGAUUAAAACAUGGAAAAGGUCCGCUGAGGGGGGGUUGGAUCUGCAUAUAGCUCGCUUCACUGCUCAUCAAUGUCAGUUGGAUUAUUAGAGGCACAGCUCACCAUUUGUCCAGAAAGAUGUGGAGGACGUCAUGCAUGAACAAGAAAAGAACUGUACUUUGCAAUAGCAAAGAGCUUACAGUGUAAUUACAGAAAAGUAAUAAUGCAUUUUAAAGUGUACAGCUUUGAAUUAUACCCUUAUCAGAUUGAUUAGUGUCGCUAUUGCACCCUGAAUGAACUGUUUAGCCUUACAAAUGAACUUCGCUAUGUCCACCAUACUGUACA